GGGGCCAGGGGUGUUUGCUUCCUGCUCAUAGAUCCUGUCUUCCUAAAAACCAGCCACCACAAGGGCAGGACAUACUGCCUAUCUGAUCGAAGCAGCCUACACCAGGCAGGGGUGCCUCUCUUGGAGACCAUAGCCUGGUGGUUUGUAGCUGGGGAAGUGGUAGGGCAGGGGCUGGAGCUAGAGGCUUUCAUUUAGGCUUCCUGAAAAACUGGACCAACACAUCCCAGAUAACUUCUAGAGGUCUAGCAACAAAGGCUCAGAGAGCAGGAGGGCUAGCUGCCUCCUCCACUGCUACUGAAGGCUGACCUGAUAAUAUCUGCAAGAAUCCACUCCAUGGUAUUUCAAAGUAUCCAGCAUUCAGUCUGGACAUUCUGAUGCACAAGAUGCUGAUGUAGGUAUCAUGCUGGAUGCAUUCCCAACUCAGCCUCCAGUAGGAUGGCAGUCCUUUUGUGCUGGAUGAGAUUGCUUCCUUUGCUUGUCCUGCUCACCUGCUUCCCUGAGCACAACUUUGUCCUCAUCACAGAUGAAGAAGUUGCUAUAUUGGCUGAAGCAGCUCAGAACAUCUCCUGUUUUUCUCGAACGUUUGAGGAUCUCACCUGUUUCUGGGAUGAACCAGCAAACACGAAAGGGUCAUAUCAUUUCUUCUAUGCGUUUAAAAGCAAUCAGAAAAAAGAAUGCACGCUGACAUCAGUUGAACUUAAUGAUGGAGGCUUGCGCCAUUCCUGCAACUUUUCCUCUGACCACGGUGGCAUCCAGCUCUUCAGAGAACUCAACAUUGAAAUCAUGGAGGCCAUGAGUAAUUAUACCUCUCGGACCCAGAAGCUCUUUGUAGAUACUGUUGGUCUAAUUGCUCCACCAACAAAUAUAACAGCUGAAUGGCUUGGAGUGGUACAGCAAUUGCGUAUGAUGUGGAAUCCCCCACCAAUACCAUAUAAAGGAUUUUUGGUUUAUGAGAUUCUUUAUCAUGUUGAAGGUUUUGAGAACCCACCAACAAGGAUUGAAGUGAAGAACAUUCACACAUGUCAUCUCAAAGAUCUGGUCCCUGGGCAGCAGUACCACAUCCAAGUUCGUACUAAGCCUGAUGGUGUCUCUCUUGAUGGGUACUGGGGACCUUGGUCUCCAGAAGUAUUAGCAGAGAUACCGUAUCUCUCUGGUAAGCCCAUGACUUUUCCAAAUUCAGUCACAAAUUCAUCUUAUGAUCCUGUGCCAGGGUCAACCAUACUCAACGUGGGAGUUGUCCUGUUGCUCUGUACAGGACUUGUGCUGGUCCUAGGUUGCACCAGGCUAGCCGUUUACAGCACAGUGAAACAAAAGAUUUGGCCACCUAUACCAGACCUCCAUCAUGCACUAGAUGGAUUCCUUGAGGACAAUGGCAAGCAGCAGCAGGUGAAUUCUUUCUUUUGCAACAAAAGUUUAGAAGAUACACCUUUGACUUGUAUGCUGGAAGUGUUGUCUGAGACGUCUGUGGAAACACAAAGCUAUGGCCAUCUUCUUGAGAACAUUUCAGUGGAGACAGAAUGGGACAGUCAAGCUUCUUCCUGCCAGCACUACAUGGUGUUGUGUCCUAGGAGUCCACAAGGCAGACAACAUGAAAAUGAGUAUUUUGAUGGCACAUGUGAUGGCCCUGACACACUCUCACUGUCCUUGGACCAGAAUAUACGCAUAACUUCAGAGCUGAAGAUCCAACUAAGCCCCUUCACAUUUUUAAGCACCCACCUUGGGUCACCUGAAAUAAAAGAAGAACAAAGUUGGGAAGCUUCUGAGAACCAGUCUAUAUCUGCCACACACAUAUCAAAUCAGUCUUAUCUACUUACGACCUGAAUAAUUAGGCCAUGGAGGUUUGCAUCAAAAUAGCAGCAAUUGAAAGCUGUUUGCCAAACAACUUUUUCAUUUUGAGGCUCUUUCUAAGCAGCUGAUUGCAUGAAUUACUGAAUGAAAAUUGAAUUGGAGUCUUUUCCCAUAGCUAUGUACACAUGGCUCUUGGUAACUAAAGCCCCUUCUAUACUGUGAUAUAAUGCAAUUUAUCAAAGCAAAAAAUCCACAUUAUCUGCUUUGAACUGGAUUAUAUGAAUCCCCUCUGCCAUAUAAUACAGUUCAAAGCCGAUAAUCUGGAUUUUAUAUGGCAGUGUAGAAGGGGCCUGAGGUCUAUCAAAAGCUCUCCAAAGACAAUAUAAUACCAGGGACACUGCACUGUGCUGAAUUACCUAUACCCAUACAACAAGACCAUUAUAGCUUUUCCCAAUAUAGCAGACAUUGGUAUGAGAUAUUUUGAGCAUGAUGUGAUGAAAGGGUCAAGAACAGCAACAAAUUGCCUUACUAUUAGAUCAUAUCCAGAGGCAGAGUCACAUGGAAAAUAUAGACUGAGCACAACACAAUUAGCUCUUUAAUGUGUAAUUGCAUAGUCUUCGUAUGAUAAACAUUGUUCCAAUUUGGUACAUAUCUAACCUCAAUAAUCAUAUCCUCCUGUUUCAUCUCCAGUUUGUCACACUAACCCCGAAUGCCUCCCACAGAUUACAAAUCUCUAUAAUUACUUUUAUUGACAUUAGUGACAGUGCACAUGAAGUAACAUUAUUUGUGUAAUGCAGUUUUCUGCAAACUCAGGCCCCUUCUAUGCAGGUGUAUAAAAUCCACAUUGAACUGGAUUAUAUGGCAGUGUGUUUGGUAUUAUUAACUAUGGGAUCAUGCGUAAUUUUCCUUAAACUGUCAGCAUUCUUAAAGUAUAGAAUGCAUUUUUUACUUCCCCCUUCAAUUUUAUAACAAACUUCACAAGAACAUGGGCCGGAUCUACACUGCCCUAUAUCCAGCCAUAGUCAUUCCCACCUAAAGAUUUUGUCACUUUCAUCCCAUUAACCAGGUCAUCAUUAUUGGUUAAUGUUAGAUUUCAUUUUGUACUAUCCUGUUUGUAUAUAGUAUACUCUUAGGAUGGCAAAAUAUGUUAUCUCUGUGAGUAGUUCAGGGAUGUGCAAAGGCUUGAUUUCAUAACUCACCUUUCAGCUCAGUCAAGGAGGAGUAUUUGCACACACAGGCUACUUCUGGAGAAAACCAAACAAAACACAGGUUCCCUGCAGUUUGUAGCAAUUUUUUAUUUGGGUUCUUAAUUUAUAAAAUCAUCAAAGUAGCGAAUAAUCAGUUCGUAGUUGGAAAGUUCAACCUCAUAUUUAGGGCUGAAGCUUUCUCAAAUUACAUACAAUUGCAAUAUGUUUUCUCACAACAGAAAAUUAUCUCCUCUAAGCCCCCUUCCACACAGUUGUAUAAAAUCCACAUUGAACUGGAUUAUAUGGCACUGUGGAGUCAGAUAAUGCAGUUCAAAGCAGAUAUUGUGGAUUAUGUGCCUGGAUAUUCCGGGUUAUAUGGUUGUGUGGAAGGACCCUUAGUAUAACCCUUUUUGCUCAAAUAAACAUAGAACAUAACUCUUGAUCAGGGCUAAUUUGCAAUAAAACCGCUUUAAAAUGUACUUCAGAACAAAGGUUGUUAGCUGCUCUGAGUUCCCACAGGGAGAUGGGUUGAGAUAUAAAUAAAAAAGUGUUUUUUUUAUUGAUGGUUUGGUCAAAAUCUGGAGUUUGCAAAGCUGAAUUAAUCUGACUUUUAAAGCAUAAAAAGCUUGCUGACACUCUUCUGCUCAAUGAAUCCUAAAAGACCAGUGCUUUUAUGUUUAUACUAGCCAUCCCCUGACACAUGUUGCUGUGGCCCAGUCUGUGUAUAUGUAUUUUGUGUGUGUAUAUAUGUGGUUUUGCGCAUGGGUUGUAAUGUGUUUUUUAAUUUUUGGCUUUUUAAGUCUCCUCUGCUGUGUCUUUCAGUGUUUUUAUGUGUGAUGGUCACUCAUUGGCCUGACAGGUGGUGUCCAAAUUUGGUGUCAAUUCACCCAGUGGUUUUUGAGUUAUAUUAAUACCACAAACGAACAUUACACACACACACACAUAUAUAUAUACACACACACGUCAGUCAAAGGGGCAGCAUCACUCCUGAAAUGAGGCACGGUGAUAACUACUGAGCCCCUCAGAAGACUAAACUCAUUUCUUUGUUGUUGACAAAGGCUAAUCUAGAGAUUCAAAUUUGGAAUCUGAAGUUUUAAUACUACACCUACAUGCCUGUUGAAGAUAGGUAUCUUCCUCAUGUCAAGCUGACUUUUUGCAAUCUUGCUAAGUCUUACUUCAGAUAUUUUGAAAUACACCAUGCAUAAUGACAUUGUAAAACCAUCUCUCCUCAAAAAAGCACAGUAUCUUUAUCUAUAUAAAAUAUUUUCAGUUGCGGUUGAAAGGUCUCAGAGGUACUUUUCAAAUUAAAGGACAACACAGUAGACUGGAACAACUUCAGAUGGGUUACAAUGUCAGAUUUUAGGGCAGAAACCUCAUGUAGAAACAACAGCUAAUCGCCUUUUGCUAAACUGAUAACUGAUAAUAAACUUGGCCCCUGCCAAAUAUCCAGACUAAUGGUUCAUUCUGGGCACAGUUUAAAGUCUAACAAGAUCAUGUGGUCAAUCGGAAGAUCGCUUGCAAAAAAUAGCUAUCGCCCAAAUCCUUGUUCAGAACCAAGACAACAUAGGUAACUAAAACUAACACACAACAAAUCCGCUGUCUGGGGACAUCUUAGGCUAGAUCCACACUGCCACAGAAUCCAGAUUAUCAGAUAGUCCACAUUGUCUGCUUUGAACUGGAUUACACGAGUCUACACUGCCAUAUAAUCCAGUUCAAAGCAGAUAAUCUGUAUUUUAUAUGACAGUGUAGAUCCAGUCCUAGUUUUAGUACUAGGAAAACUGAGAGAAAUUGGGUUUUGAAAACUUCUUAAAAACUAGUUUAGGGUUGUAAAUGUACACAGGCAGUCCUAAAUUAUGAACAAGGUAGUUUCUGUAGGUUUGUUCUUAAGAUGGAUUUGUUUGUAAGUCAGAACAGGUACAUGUGUGGGAUGGCAUAGAACAAAAGUAGUGGGUUAUUAUAAGAGAUUAUUGUACAAUUUUUGUGGUUGUUGUUGGAUUGUUUAGAUAUACCAUUUUUUACACACUGUAAAUAUGUUUAUUCUGUGAAAUGUAAAAUAAAAUCUAUUCCCGUAUUUGGAAACACGAAACAAAAUAAAACAAAAGUAUCAUUUGGGUACAAUUUGAGAGCAUGAAAUUAUGGAGAUGAAUGGAACCUGGCUGAGAGUUUGAAAUAAAUUUGGAAAUGUUUGGAUGGGAGUCAGUUAGAGCAGUGAAUUAAAAGAAUCAGAUUUAGUUAGGGGGCAGAAAGAGAUAUUCAAGACUCCUUCACAACCCUGCCUAGGGAAGGUAGUACCCCCACUGAGGUAGCAUGCACAUACAUACAAAAACCUUUAUUUUGGGACAGGAAAAUGUUGGAUUCACACCUAAAGUGAUGAAUGAAAUUGUUUCAUUUUUGCUCUUAAAAUAGUUUUGAAAUUGGACUUUAUGUCCAACAGCUGAAUACAAAAAUCCGGGAUGACAUCCAACUUGUUUUCGGCGUAAGCACAAGCUGAAAAAUCAAUAGGUGGACAUGAAGGGGAGCAUUGCUUGGAUAGCCUUUCUUGAAAUGUAAUAUGAUUGGAUUGGCUUUGGACUAUGAUUUCAGGACCACAUGCUAUGUUUUUAACUGUUUAUUUUAAAUGUAUUUAUAUGUUACUGUUUUGGUUUUAUACACUACGUAUUUUGUAUUUUGUUUGUUUCUAAUGUUUUAAAGUGGCAUUGAAUCAUUGCCAAUUUGGAAGCCACUCUGAGUCCACUUCA